CAACCUUUUUUUCAUUUUUUUUCCCUUCACAUAUUUUUUGGACGAUGGAAAAAGUGAGAAAGCAAGUUGAAAGCAAAAAGUGUUAACAAAGGCGGAGUUGAGAAGGAGGAACUGGUCGAUGGAAAGAAGCAAGUUGAAGGUUUGAGAUUUAGAGAUCUCGAAAUUAGUGGGGAGGCCGAUUUCUGAUUCGUAUAUAAGGGAGAAUUGGCAGGCAGCUGUAAAGGAGGCGGAGAAGACCUUUAGGGGGGAAAUUAGGGAUUCACGUGCGAGGUGAAGAAUCGGAAGUAGUCAAAUAGCUAGCCUUUCUUGAGUAGGGGCAUAAUCAAUUUUUAGUGUUAAAGUCUGGGCCGAUUCGGAGGUGGAAUCUACUUGAGGAUUGUUUCGUGGAGCUCUAGAGGUCGAGGGGCGGAAGCAUAGCUUUUGGUACUACAUUCGUUGGUUAGAAAGCAAAAAGUGGUUACAUUACAUUUGCAGGAGUCAAGGAAGGAAAUGCUUGACGAUUUGUUGUUGUGGGUGUUGGUGCUGCACUUUUCUUGUUCCAACAGUUUGCCGGGAUAUAUGCCGUGGUGUAUUAUUCUACAGCUGUCUUUCGUAGUGCUGAAAUUGCAUCAGAUGUUGCUGCUAGUGCUCUUGUUAGUGCAUCAAAUGUCUUUGGCACAGUUAUUGCAUCCUCUGAUGGACAGACAAGGAAGGAAAAGUCUUCUAAUCAUUGCUGGAAUGGGUGCUUCAAUGUUGCUGCUGUCAUUGUCAUUCACAUGGAAGAUCCUGGCCCCCUACUCUGGCAUGCUAGCCGUCGUUGGGACUGUUCUCUACGUCUUAUCAUUUUCUCUUGGUGCUGGUCUGGUGCCUGCUCUUUUGCUUCCGGAAUUGUUUGCUUCCAGGAUCAGAGCAAAAGCAGUGGCUCUAUCGCUUGGCACGCAUUGGGUAAGUUGCGAUAAAAAAUUGACCCAAGCAUUUUGAUAUGUGCAUGGGCAUGUUUAUCCCUGCAAGCAAAUUGGCAUGUAAAUACUUCAAUAUGAUGUGGUAACGUAAUGUAACAAUGGUCCUUUCUUAAUAUGACUUUCUCCAUUGCAUA